CAUUUGAAGCACCAAAUUAAACUUUAAUUUAAAUUAACAGAAACAGAACAUGUAAAAAAACUUAUUGAGGGAGGAAGAUUGUGUUUCCCAGGUUCUGAGAGAGAAGGGGUUUAUCUUGUUUGGUAAGAGAGAAAAUUCGAGGUUAAAAGAAAGAAAAAGAUAGAAAAUUCACAGAGUUCACGAGCUGUUUCUUUUUUGAGCUCUGCAACUCCCAAUCUGUUACCCUCAAAUCCUUAAGAUUUCGGAGGAAAAAAGAAAGGGGAAAUUUGGGUGGGUAGGGAUUUCACGGGCAAAAGCCAAUCUGAUUACUCUUUUCUUCACCCACCAACCAUCCAAAGGUUGCCGCUUCACCACGUCACAACCACCACCGCCUCUUCAAUCUCGAUCUCAGACUGGAUGGUCUCUGGAACGAUGAUAUGAUAAUGUGAGUAGUGUGCUUUUUGGGAUUUGGAUUUUGGAGAAGCAGGGGUUUUGUUUUCUUUGUGAGGAUUAAGCAAGAGAAAAUGGAUCGGGCGGCUGUGACAGUAGGUCCGGGCAUGGACAUGCCGAUCAUGCAUGACAGCGACCGGUACGAGCUUGUUCGGGAUAUUGGGUCGGGGAAUUUCGGCGUUGCGAGGCUGAUGAGGGAUAAGCAGACUGAGGAGCUUGUAGCUGUCAAGUAUAUCGAGAGAGGUGAGAAGAUAGAUGAAAAUGUACAAAGAGAAAUUAUCAACCAUAGGUCACUAAGGCAUCCAAAUAUUGUGAGAUUCAAAGAGGUCAUAUUAACACCAACCCAUCUUGCUAUUGUGAUGGAGUAUGCAUCCGGAGGAGAGCUAUUUGAGCGUAUUUGCAAUGCAGGCCGAUUCAGUGAGGAUGAGGCACGUUUUUUCUUCCAACAACUUAUAUCAGGAGUUAGUUACUGUCAUGCAAUGCAAGUAUGCCACCGGGACUUGAAAUUAGAGAAUACGUUAUUGGAUGGGAGUCCUGCACCACGUUUGAAGAUUUGUGAUUUUGGUUACUCCAAGUCAUCAGUGUUGCAUUCACAACCAAAAUCAACUGUUGGAACUCCUGCUUACAUAGCUCCUGAGGUGCUACUCAAGAAAGAAUAUGAUGGCGAGAUUGCAGAUGUCUGGUCAUGUGGAGUAACCCUGUAUGUUAUGUUGGUUGGAGCAUAUCCUUUUGAAGACCCCGUGGAACCUAAGAACUUCCACAAAACAAUACAUCGAAUUUUGAAUGUGCAGUACUCUAUUCCUGACUAUGUUCAUAUUUCUCCCGAGUGUCGCCAUCUAAUCUCAAGGAUUUUUGUAGCUGACCCUGCAAAGAGGAUAACCAUUUGUGAAAUUAGAAAUCAUGAGUGGUUUUUAAAGAACCUACCAGCAGAUCUCAUGGAUGAUGAGAACAAAAUAAACAACCAGUUUCAAGAAGCUGAUCAACCUACACAAAACGUUGAUGAAAUCAUGCGAAUAAUUUCAGAAGCAACCAUACCUCCAGCAGGCACAAAUGGUCUAAACAGUUAUUUGACUGGUAGCCUGGAUAUUGAUGAUGAUAUGGAGGACCUAGAGAGUGAUCCAGAACUGGACAUUGAUAGCAGUGGGGAGAUAGUGUACGCAAUAUGAUUCAAAAGCACUACAGGUGGGGGUGAGGGAUACCAUGAUUGUCCUGUGAUCAUUUAAGUUUAUAUGGAACGUUGCCUCAGAUCAAAAUAGGGUUUCGUCCUUUGUUGGAAAUAGAAGAAAAGACAGGUAAGGAUUUGGGAUUUUCUUGUUAUAACCUUUGCAAAGUGAAGUGCUUCUGUUGUAUGUAUUUUGAUGUAAUUUUUCAGGAUGAGAUUAUGUACUGUUGUGUAUUAGACCUUGUAAAGUUGUGGCAUAAUUUAGUGUUGUCUUUAACUGUGGAAGUGAACGUUCUUAAUAUCUGUGUCUCCAUCUCGGCAUCCUGAAAGUUGGUCAUAUGAAAGAUUUUGAUACUCUGUUAGUCAUAUACAACUUAUUUUAAGGUGAGAUUUCAGUUGGGCUACUUUUGUUAAGCUUCUUCAGUUCUUCCCCCAUCCUUCUCACAGAAAAAUGCUGUAAAGCUUCCACAACUGAUUGCUCACAAUAUAUUAUUGAAAAUUUU